ACUUCUACUUCCAAAAGCCGAACGCGCAGUUUAAUUUUCAUUCUGGCUACAGAAAAUAAGAAAAUUGAGAGAGGCCCAGUGCCUGCUCUUGCUUGUGCUAAAAUGCAAGUAAUUGAUUUGACAAAUUCUGAAGAUUCUUUUGAAGUCGACAAUGAUGUCAUAUGCCUUGAUGUAAGUUUACCUGAGGUUAUUGAAACGAUACAAGUUAUUACUGUGCCAGAUGCUACCACUUCAUCUACCCUGUUGAAUGAUGAAAAAAAAGAGGGCAAAUCAUUUGUAGAAAAGAUAAGCGUCUCCACCCAAACUGAGAAACUAAUACUCUGUGGGGUUUGUUUGGAAGAUUUAAUUAAGGUGCGAAAUUCCGAUAUGGAAGAAAUAGUUUCUACAAUCUGUGGGCAUCUUUUUUGUAGGAGGUGCAUAAUGACAGCCAUUAGUGUAUUCCAUAAGUGCCCAGUCUGUCGUAAACGUUUAGGAGUGAAAAGCUUCCACCCUAUUUUUUUUUAAUUUCUUCAUUUUGAGCUUUUAAUUGGUUUCCGCAAUCAUUUUAUGUAUAGAAAUAUUUUUGUAAGUUUUUAUUAUGCUUAACGUUUUGUAAGAAAAUGAGUGCAUUCCUGAAUGCUAAAUUCUAAAUAAAUAUGUUGCUUUUCUUUUCCAAA